AUGCGCAUUUUUAGAAAGUAUCCUGGUUCGCCGACCGUGUCAUUUCACACUCCGGACGCUGAAGCUCCUUUGACGUCAGGCUACGUCCGUGCAAAGUCAGACUUUGAGGAGCUAUACGAGACGGUUAUCUGUAUGCUAGUGCCUUCAUUAAUUAUAUUCACUUCCAAUGUCUUCGUUAUAUACAAGCUCAAUGCACAUAUAAGAAAGUAUCCUGGUUCGCCGACCGUGUCAUUUCACACUCCGGACGCUGAAGCUCCUUUGACGUCAGCUACGUCCGUGCAAAGUCAGACUUUGAGGAGCUAUACGAGAGCAUCUCUCGGUCGACUAUCUAACCACUUUUCUAACGAUCCGGACAAACCCAAGAAAAAGUCAAAAAGAGGACUGAGAUACACCGAUGUGCAGUUGACGCGAUCGCUAAUGGUGGUCACAUGGGUGUUCAUCGUGCUUAACAUGCCCAACUACAUCUACAGAAUGGCGACCAACAUCUUAGGUCUGGAUAAUCAGACUGUCAUCAUGCAGAAUCUCUCACUUGUGGCACAUUUCCUGCUCUACACACAUCACGCAGUGCUCUUCUACCUGUACAUAUUCUACAGGUACCAAUAUGUGCAUAACAGUCCCUCAAAUGAAACGCCGACUUCGACCGACAGCUAUGAAAUUGCUAGAAUGUUAUUGCUUCAAGCCAGUUGGCGACUUUGCGGAUCACUCUUAGCGAUUACUAAGAACAGCAGGAACAGCAGAUCUCAACGGCAGGACCGGCAGGAAAUCUCUGUGUAG